AUGUUGAUCUUCUCUACCGCGAUCGUGCUAAUUACGUUUGCUUCCAUUGUUAGUGGACAUACAUUACAACAUAUUGAAAACGGUAAAAUAUGUACUGGUUUCCAAAGUAUUUCUGGUUCAUCAGUUAGUAUUGAUACAACACCAUGUUCAGGUAGUCUUGGUUAUGAAUUAGUUCAAGUUUCUGGCAUUUUUGCAAUACGUUUCUGUUGCCCAUAUCGACCAGUGGACCCGCCCAUUGUUGGACCUGCACCGAGUGGAUGUGGUCGUGCAGCAGUUGCUCCAGUACGUACACGAAUUGUCGGUGGACAAGAAGCAGCACCACACUCCUGGCCUUGGCUUGUUUCUCUUCAAUAUCAUGGAAAUCAUUUUUGUGGUGGCACUUUACUUGAUGAAAAUCACGUUUUAACUGCCGCUCAUUGUCUUCAAGAUAAAUCAAUGUUUAAUUCAAACUUUAAGAUUGUAGCCGGUCUUCAUGCACGAAGUAGACCAAAUGAAGCACAAGUUCAACAUAAACAAAUUGCAAGCUUAACGAAUCAUGGAGGAUAUAAUGAACGUACACAGGAAAAUGAUAUUGCUAUUAUUCGUUUAGCUUCACCUGUUCAACUCGGUAGAUAUGUCAAUGUUGCUUGUCUUCCAGAAAAAGAUCCUGCUGUGCACGAAAAUGUUAUGAUUGCUGGUUGGGGUACCACAACAUUUGGAGGCGGUUCACCAGAUCCACUUCAUCAAGCUGAUGUUCUUAUCACGGAUACAUGCGGAGGAGUCUACAAUUAUGAUAAACAGAAACAACUGUGUGCUGGUAAUCAUGAAUUUUCAAAGGAUACAUGCCAAGGUGAUUCUGGUGGUCCACUUAUGCAUGAAGUUGAUGGUAAAUGGGCAAUUAGUGGUAUUGUUAGCUACGGUCAUGAAUGUGCUAAAGAAAAUUAUCAUGGUGUUUAUGCUCGUGUUAGCCAUUAUCUACCAUGGAUUAGAGAGACAAUUGCUAAGUUAUCAGCGCAGUAA